AUGGCAACUGCUGUUCCUGAUUAUUACUGUCACAAAUGUCGACUACAUAUCGGGCAUGUUACAAAUUUCGAAUGCCCACGUUGUAGAGAUACUUUCAUUGAAGAAAUUCCUCCACAACAUUCAUCAUCUCAUUUACGAAGUAAUCAACCACGUAAUCGUAGUAGAAUUCAUUUUCAUGGCUCAACACCAUUUGGUACUACAACUAUAGUUAUUGGUGGUGGUGGUGGUAGUAGUAGUCAUUCAUCAAAUAAUGAAAAUCGUGAAAUUGAUAAUCCAGAUAUAGGAACAUUUUUUCAAACAGUUCUUGCACAACUUGUUGGUGGUUCACAAGUUCCACUUGCUAUGCAACAUGGUGGAGGAAGUGGUUUGAAUACACUUACUCUUGAUGCAUUACUUACUCAAUUUUUAAAUCAAAUGGGAGAAAAUAAUGGUCCAGCACCAGCAUCUGAAAGUCGUAUAAAUUCUAUUCCAACAGUGAAAAUAACAUCUGCACAAGCACGUGAUAGUCUACAGUGUGCUAUUUGUAUGGAAGAAUUUAAAAAAAAUGAUGAAGCAAAACGUCUUCCUUGUGCACAUCAUUUUCAUGAAGAAUGUAUAUUACGAUGGCUUAGAAUGCAUGGAACAUGUCCAACAUGUCGUAUUACAUUAGAUGGUGAUGAUACAAGUAAUCAAGAAUAUAAUCAUUUUUAUUCAAAUCAACAAUCAUCAUCAUCAUCAUCAUCAUCAUCAAGGAAUAAUAAUCGUCGAAAUAAUGGAGGUAAUCAUGGACCUCAUUCAACUUCGGGAUCACGGUUGUUCGAUUUCGAUUAA